ACGAAAGAGACGAAAAUAAAAAUUUGAAAAAAUGGAGAUUGAAGUGCGCGACGAACAGUCGCAAAGAAACAUUAUCCUUACGUCAACGACGAGCUGCGCCCCAAGACUAAUACGGAUAAAAUCUUGGAGCGUAAUUUCGUUCUUUAAAUUAAUCGACGAUGAACUCGAUGACUUCCUGGACGCCGAUCAGUGCUGCAGGAUGGCUGACAACUACUUGAUCGCGAUGGUGUUCACCUACUUCCUCAGAGCUGCUCUACGACCGGAGGAGUACACAAAAACGAAUUUCUUCGUUGCCCUAUACCUGGCCCACGAUAUGGAAGAGGAUAAGGACGACGCUCGAGUGAUGAUACGCGAUCAUAUUGGCCUUGAUGAACCUGAAGUCAGUUGUUCGCCGUCUUUGUUUUUCACACAGAAGGACAAAUUCUGGGAGAGAAUGCAUCAUCGUGGAGCAGUGUCUCGCCUCUGCUGUGAUAAGGUGAUGCAGAUGAUAAGACCCUUCCACAAGGUGUGGUCUCGCCGGAGGCACGUAAAUCACUCAGGAGCCUCCAGGCAUUCUAAUAGAAAGGAUGAUAUCUGCCCAAACUGUCCAAAAACUGUACUCUCACAGUAUUCGACUUCGUCGCCAGAUUUCAGCCCAGAAGUCGUCUUCAGUUUUCGAAAAUCUAGAUUGUCCAACCACCGAGUUUUACACCAUCGUUACAAUUUCGAUUUCGAAUAGAUAUUAGUUUUAUAGCAGAGUACAGACUGCGAAAUAAUUUUUUAAUCGUUCACAAAGCCCUUAUUAUGUUCCUUCCUAGAAAUCGCUAUUAACACUUUGUUAGAUGUUAUUUCCAUUUUCCUUCUGGGUUUUAGAUAAGUAAUCGCUGCCUCGACUCUGUGGACAUAAUUUAUUGUAUAGGUUUAAAAAUAAAAUCGACCACACUUAUCGACGAUACAAUUCACACAGGAUCCGUAGAUCGCCGGCAGCACGCCGUAGUAAAGUACAAAAUACAAUAAGAUUUACGAUGUAAAAGCUAAGAAUAAAAUAUAUAAUAUAA